UCUCUGCCCUGCCUCCUGCUCCAGGGUAUUUAACCUCGGCAGGCAGGGCUGGAGCUGCAUCUCUGCUCCCUGCAGCUCUCAUCCUUCCCUCUCACAUCCCUCGGGCUCCCUGCCAAGGACGAGCAGCGCUGGGGAAGAUGAGCUGCAAUAGGUACCCCGUGGAUGUCAAAGCUGUCGGCUUCAUGCAGUGCAGAAAACAGAAGAACUACAUGAUGUUUGUGUCCUGGUCAGAUCAGAACAACAUUCUCAUCUACAGGACGUUUGAAGACUUUAAGAAAUUCCAUAAAGAGCUGAAGAGAAAAUUCCCCACUGAGAGUGGGUCACUGAGGAGUUUACCCAGGUUUAAAGGUAUAACUAUGCAGCAGAGAAAGGGUGGGAAGCUGAACAGGUGCCUGGAGAUCCUGAAACUGCUGGAAACGUAUUCCCAGGAGCUGCUGAAAACAGAUGUGAAAAUCUCCCGGGGUGAAGAGGUGAAUCAGUUUUUCAAGGCACAGACUCAAGACCUCGAUCCCUCCUUCCCUGAAAACAGUGUUGUGAUCAUGCCAUCAGUAUUCAGAAGAGAGAAGAACCCCCAGCCCCUCUCCAUCACCCUCCCUCAGGCAUCGCAGAGCUACCGCUGCAUCGAGGCCUUUGAAACCAAAGACACGAAGAACAAACCCUUCAGAGUGGCUCAGAAGGAGAUUGUGGAAGUGCUAAUCCAGGACAUGACUGGCUGGUGGCUGGUGGAAAAUGCAGACAAGCAGAUAGCUUGGUUCCCAGCCUCGUACCUGGAAGAGCUCGAUGCCUGUGAGGACAUCCAGAAUGACUUCAGCUCAGACGAGGAGGGCAGCCUGUACUUUGUGGUGCAGUCCUACGAGGCUCAGAAUGCAGACGAGCUCUCGCUGAACCAGGGGGUGGUCGUGGAGGUGCUCAGGAGAUCCCACAACGGCUGGUGGCUGAUCCGGUACAAUGGCUGCACUGGCUACAUGCCCUCGCUGUUCCUGCGGCCCUACCAGAACCCUCACCACAAGCUCCAGACCAUCCUGAGCUGUGGCCCCAAGGCCACCACGGUGACCCUGCAGGGAGCAGCGGGGCCCCGGCCCGGCCCGGCCCGCGAGCAGCGCUGCGGCUCCCCGAGAGGCAGAUCCCGCUCUCUGCCCAGGGCCAGCUCCACCCCAGAGCUGGAUUUGGACAGUUCCUCCCUGAGCUCAGCGAGCAGCAGUGAUGGGGACACCCGGCUGGCCUGGAAACCCGACUUGUCACGGUCGCUGCCCGAGGUGGAGCAGGCCAGGAGCUCUCCUGCCCCGAGCCACGGCCCGGCCACGCUCGGCAGCAAAUCCCCGCGCCUCAGAGCCAGGGACAGGAACGACUCCGGCUUCGUGGAGUCCCCCACAGCCGAGCUCAGCUCAUCCCUCACUGAGCCUGAGCUGGCCAUGGGUGUCCCCAAGGUGCCAGCCCGUCCCUCGGCCCACGAGAUCCUGCAGCGCUGCAGCACCGUCACCAAGCGCGCCGUGCAGCAAUCGGCUCCCCGGGCAGCCCUGACACCCCCAGCUGGCACUGGUGUCCCUGGGGUGGGGACAAAGGACAUCCCUGACACCCCCAGCUGCCAUUAGUG